AAUAAUACAUUCAGUCAAUGCAAUUUCCACUAGCUUACAGGCAAAGAAGACCAUUUCGCUAAUGUAAACACAGCAUUUGGAGCAGGGUUUGUUAGUACUGGCUAGUUUAGCGUGUUGCUAGUCAUGAAGUAACACUUAGCUAUACUCGUGACCUCUUUUCGUAUACAAGUCUGACGUGUUUAUGUUAGGUCUAUUCGAUCAAAACAGGCUCCUCUUUGAAUUCAAGGGCACUUUUGGAGAAUGCAUGUGCAGAGAGUCGUUCUCAACUCACGACCAGGUAAAAACGGGGCGCCAGUUCCUGAAAAUUUCCGUCUGGAGGAGACGACUUUAGCACCUGACCUGAAAGAUGGGGAGGCCCUUGUCCGGACGCUUUACCUUUCAGUCGACCCUUACAUGCGAUGCAGAUUGAACGAAGACACCGGUGCUGAUUACCUGACUCCAUGGCAGCUGUCUGAGUGUGUGGAUGGUGGAGGUGUUGGGUUGGUUGAGUCCAGCCGCUGCAGCACCUGCACUGAGGGAGAUGUGGUCACUUCAUUCAACUGGCCUUGGCAGACCCAUGCUGUUAUGAAAGGAAGUGGCUUACAGAAGGUUGAUCCACAGUUGGUUGAUGGGCACUUGUCCUACUUUUUGGGUGCAGUUGGCAUAACAGGUCUCACUGCACUGCUGGGUGUAAGGGAGAAGGGUCAUGUGAUCAAAGGGGCCAAUCAGACCAUGGUGGUGAGUGGCGCGGCUGGGGCCUGUGGCUCCAUAGCUGGACAGAUUGGCAGGCUGGAUGGUUGCGUGAGGGUUGUUGGGAUCUGUGGAACUGAUGAGAAAUGCAGAGCUUUAGUGGAAGAUCUGGACUUCUCUGCUGCCAUCAACUAUGGCCAAGAGGAUGUACCGACAAAGCUCAAGGAGUGCUGCCCUGAUGGUGUGGAUGUUUACUUUGACAACGUGGGAGGUGUCACCAGUGAUACUGUUAUAGCACAGAUGAACAAAGGCGGCCAUGUGAUUUUGUGUGGGCAGAUCUCUCAGUAUAACAAGGAUGUGCCAUAUCCUCCGCCUUUAAGUGAAGAGACUCAGGAAACCCUGCAAAGAAAGAGCAUCACCCGAGAGCGAUUUAUGGUGCUUAACUACAUGAGCAAAGCAGACGCUGCCCUCUGUGAGCUCAGCCAGUGUGUUAAAUCAGGCCAAGUCAAGGUGCUGGAAACUGUGGUGAAUGGCAUUGAACAUAUGGGAGAUGCAUUUUGCUCUAUGAUGAAAGGGGGAAACAUUGGCAAGCAAAUUAUAAAGAUAUUACAGUGAAGAAAAUCCGUAAUUUCCAGUAGUGACUGCUCUCACCAGAUACCUGGGGAAAUUAACCCACAGUUGCCUUUUUAUCACAGCCGAUAACACUAACUUAAUGAACUCUUGUAGGAUAUUGCAUUGCGUAGCUAAUGCCAGUUGAUUACAAUUAUGAAACUGUUUCUUUGAGAAAAAUAAAAUGAAUGUAAAGAGUGCUUGAAAGCUAACACGAUGAAAAGUUCACAAGACACCAUGCUAGUAGCAUUAUCUUCCUCUACAAGUGCAUUUCUCAUCUUAACCAAAGACCACAAUCGAAACAAGCCUUUGGUCUUCAUUGUGUUAUCCUAAAUGUGAUUUAUUGUCGCCCAUAGUGUUAAACUAAAAAUGUUUAUUAGCACAAUCUAGCUAAUAGAGUUUGAGUUAUUCCACAGUAUAUAUUGAGGUGAGAUGAUUAUCAUUAUGUGCACUUGCUGUUUUAAUUUUAUGAAAAAGCCGUGCAGUGUUUUUAGUUAAGCUUCAUAUCACACCCAUGUAAAUGGAAAUAAGCCUUUGGACUUUACUGUCAUCCUUGACAUGGGGAAGAUUUCAUUUAAUGUCUCUCUAUUGUCAUAAUUAAACAUAAUUUUGAAUAUCUAA